CGUACUAGGCGACAUCAAAAUUUAAAUUUGAAUAAAGUUGUUGUUCGAAGUCUAACUUUGCUGUUGAGUGUAUACUAACACUACUCUUGACUGAGGGUGCCCCAAUGGGAAACACAGAGUCUUUCGAGGUAGAAGAAAGGGAACCGAGCAAGUUGCAAUCGGGAGAGAUAAUCAAGCGCGAAGGACCGUUCUCAUUAUACGCUCUCAAAUACACGAGGUCACUAUGGUACGAAGCUGUGUUGAACGAGGACGUCUUCUCUCCCAAACACUUCAGUCUCUUCAGACUGAAAGACCGCACAACAGCCGAGCAUCAAUUUUCAAAGGUCUGCACUCAGUUGAUGCCAUACUGUCAAGGCUCACAAGAAUGUUACAACAAGAAGACACUAAAGCGACUGUUGCGUUGCCUUGAGGAGCAGAGAGGUUGGUCUCCAGCUCAUGUAGCUGUCAGUGCUGGUAUUUCGAGUUGUCUCAAUCGAGAGGAGUUCAAGGAGCAUUUGGAUAGCGCGUUAAACGAGAGUGGUCAGACGCCGUUGCUUCUUGCCUGUAGCUUAGCAGAAGUGCAGUGUGUCAGGGUUCUCUUGCAAUUGGGCGUCGAUGUGGGUGCAGUGGAUGGUAGCGAGGAGGGAAGGAAUGCAAUUCACGUGGCUUCUGAGAAAUCACCUGAAUGUUUGGAAGCGUUGCUUGUAUCAGAGCUUGUGGUGGAACGAUAUGGAUAUGGCCUGAGUCACCUGGUCAACUACCAGACAAAGCUGCUGGAGACCUCUUUACACAUUGCGUGCAGAUACCAACAAGCAACUUCGAUUCAAUUGCUUUUGAUGCAUGGGGCUGACCCAGAAGUUGCCAACAAGCAAGGAUUCUUUCCAAUCCAUUUGGCCUCGCAAGUUGGAUGUGCUGACUGCGUUAAUGUUUUAUGCCAAUUCAAUACUCAACAGUCGAUGCUCAAGGAUGCUAUUCAUGGGAACACUCCUCUUCACUGUGCAUCCCUUCCUGGUUGCAUUCACAUGCUGGUGAAUAAGCACCAAGCUAAUACCGAAGUAAAGAAUGCAGAAGGGUUAACUCCAUUACAUUUCUCCAUUGUUGAGAAUCGCCUUAAGUCGGUCAUUGCCUUGCUAUACGUUGGUGCCAAUCCUGACACUAAAGCUGGCAAAGGAGACAGCCCUUUGCACUUGGCAGUGAAAGUUGGCUCUGUGAGCUUGGUCCAUGCUUUGAUUGUGUUUGGAGCUGACGUCCAUAGUGCAAAUGCUGAAAGCCUACUACCUCUCCAUAUGGCUAGGACGUUAGCCAGUGAUGUUAAUGACAAGCAAUGCAAUAAUUUGCAGAAAUCUCAAGUGGUUGAAGCUCUAGAGGGUGUCCACCAUCUUGACUGGGAAUGCCUUGCUCAAGAAUGCAGAUCAAGUGUGAGUCAAAGCCAAGUUAAAAGAGGAGACACGGUAUUGUGCCUGGAUGGUGGUGGUGUGCGUGGCUUGAUAUUGGUGCAGUUAUUGUUGUCUCUGGAGAAGAUUACCCAGAAAUCUGUUGUUGACUUGUUUGACUGGAUAGGUGGCACCAGCACUGGUGGUCUCUUAGCACUGGCAUUAGUCCAUGCAAAGUCAAACUUGCGUCAAUGUCAAAGUAUCUACUUCAGUAUGAAAGAUGUGGUGUUUAAAGGCGAGAGACCCUUUGCCUCAAAGCCAUUAGAAGAUUUCUUUAAGGAAACGUUCGGAGAGCAAACCACUAUGGACUCGGUUAUGCACCCACGAGUUCUCGUUACCACAACAAUCGCAGAUCGAUUACCCGCUCGAUUGUAUCUGUUCCGAAACUAUGGUGAUCUGCAAGAGGAAGGCGAACCUCCCCCAUCAAGACAGUUGGUAUGGAAGGCAGCGAGAGCCACCGGUGCAGCACCGACAUAUUUUAACACAAUGGGUCGAUUUAUCGACGGUGGCCUUGUGUCCAAUAAUCCUACCCUGGAUGUUUUGUCAGAAAUUCAAAUGCAUCACAAUCGAACAGGUGUCAGUGGUCCCAUGCCUCGAUUGUCUGCUGUAGUUUCACUUGGAACCGGUUGCCAACCCGAGGUGCCCGUGCACUCUGUUAACGUAUUCCGGCCUGUAUCCAUAGCUCAAGCUGCCCACGUUGUUAUGGGAGGAGCGUCCUUAGCUACACUCUUGCUGAAUCAAGUCACUCAAGCUUCAGGUCGACCUGUAGAGAGAUCGCGGUCCUGGUGUAUGACCAUGGACACGCCCUUCUACCGCUUCAGUCCGCUGUUGCAGCAGGAAGUCGAUCUUGCCGAGACGCGAGAUGACGUGUUGGUGAGGAUGCUUUGGCAGACGCAGGUCUACGUUUGUCAACAACGAGAUAAGAUAAAGGAGUUGGCGAUACGACUUUGUAAUAGGAACGUGCACAAUGAAACGAUUGAAUAGGGGAUUUCCGCUGCGGGAGUUGGACACGCCCUGCUACGCAUAACCACGCCUGUAGGCGUGAGUGUAUUCUUAACAAUGCCGAUUCAUCUCUUCGUCGCA